AUGAAGGGCCAGUCAGUGCAAUGGGGCGCGGCCAUUGUACUGAGUCUCUGGUCACUGACCAAUGCAGUUUCCCAAAGUGCUCCUAUUGUUUUGGACAUCACUCCUUACCAUGGUAGUGUCAAUGGAGCAACCAGGCUGACGAUUAAAGGAAAAGGUUUCUUAAAACCAAGGCCAUUUGACUACACAGGAGGAAAUGGACAACUGGGCAAUAAAGUGCAGCUCCUAUCAGAAUCCAGGUCCAUCCCCUGCGAUGUAGAGAAAGAUUCCAGCCACGAAACACAGAUUAUUUGCUACACCAGACCACUACCAAAAGACAGCUAUCAGGUUGUAGUGAGCGUAGACGGGGUUCCGAUUAAUGCCAACAAGAUGAUGGUAUUUAAUUCAGAAGACCAUUAUACACCAACCAUUGAGAGGAUUUCACCCUCGUCUGGAUUACCAGGUCAACUCAUUCACAUCUCUGGAGAUAUUUUUACUGAUAUUUAUGGCAGUAACAAACCGAUAGACUCCAAUCUCAGAAAAACCAGGAUUUUGAGGGUCUACGCUGGAGGGAUGUUGUGUGACCUCCUUCAUCCUGAUUCUGAUACAUUGUAUGGUUUGAAACUUGACCAUGUGUACAGUGACAGUGGCAUGAUGACUUGUAAAAUGACUGGAACAUAUGUUGGUCACCACAAUGUGAGUUUUAUUUUGGACAAUGGCCAUGGAAGGUCUUUGCCCAAUUUGAACACUUACUUCAUUUCUUCCCUGAAUAAACUCAGCAUGUUCCAAACCUAUGCAGAGGUGACUGGGAUCUAUCCGUCUGAAGGGAGUGUGGAAGGAGGAACCCUCCUGACUGUGACUGGCCGAUUCUUUGAUGAAACAGAUGCCCCUGCCAGGGUUACUGUAGGAGGUCAGAGCUGUGAGGUUGUAAGUGUCAGCACAACUCAGAUAAUCUGUCAGACCCCAAAGGAAGCCAGUCAUCUCAGAACAAUUUUUCCAGGAGGAAGAGGAUUGAAGAUAGAAACAUGGCAAGGUGGCAAACUGGAUGAUUUACCAGACUACGAUGAAAAUACUCCAGGGUAUUCAGUGAACAUUGCUUCUAGGCCUCAGAAUCUCCGGAGAUAUGGUAACCAAAAAUUUGACACUAUGCAGCUUCAGAAAGGGAAAGCAUAUUACAUUGAAUUGGUGCUGCAGGAAACCACUAGCUCCUCCUUUAGUAUUGGUAUGUACAGGGAGAACAUCUCCUACACGGAACAACAGACAGCAGACUCUGUCAGUGAAGUCCAGCUCAUCAAAUCACACUCUCACAUUCUCCAUGAGAAACAGAUUUUGGCUUUGGAGAACUGGAAUAUAGGACGUGCAGUCAAUGAGGUUCAGGAGAUUAUCAUCAGCACCUCUUGUCAAAAGACCAGUACCUGUUCGUACAUUUGGUAUAGACUCAUCUAUAAUCAAGACCGCACAGUCCUUAUUCCUAUGGAUGCCAAUGCUGCAAAAGUUCAACAAGCUUUAAAUGAUCUGUGGACAAUUAAACCAGAUAAGGUUCACGUGUCAAGAAAAUCAACCAACGAAAACAUUAUCUAUGAAGUGACCUUCACAUCCACACGAGGAGAUUUUGAUUUACUUCAAUAUGAGAUCCAGAGUGGAUAUGAUGUCACCAUUGAAGUGGUGGAAAGAACUAAAGGGAAGCCCAAAAUGGAUACAUUUACACUGAUGCUGGAUGGGAUCAGUUCGAGACCUGUUUCACAUAAAGCAAGUGUUACUGAGGUCAAAGCUGCUUUAGAAGGAAUGUUGGAUGUAAAAUGUCCAGAUCACAUAGUCAACCACAGGGAGGGAUACGCAGUCUAUUAUUUCAACAAUUUUGAGGAUGACAUAUCCAAGCAUUGUCCAGACUCUGACCAGACUCCUCAUUCUAAGAAACCAACCAGUGUUGGAGAUGUACCAAUAGUAGCUUACCCUCCAUUGUUUGACAAAGGAAUUCUUAUUAAGGAGUUCCUAGUUACUGAAGGAGGAACUAAAAAAGAUGAUGUGCACAGUCAGUAUGAAGUAACUAUGGUUACCAUCGACUGUGGCUGCAACAUUCCGUUGCUAGGGAUUGCCUUUGCUCAGGCUUUGCCUAAUGGCACAAAGGAAGAGAUGGCUUACAGAGGGAGCACUUGGCCUGAGGGGGCGGUACUAAGAGUUUGGAGAACACAAGCAGCAUCUCCUUCAAUCUCUGGUACCUUGGAUAUUGAGUACUUUGGGAAAACCUUGAAAGAUUUGCCAGUUAAUGCUACAGCCCUGGAAAUGCAAUACGCCUUACAAACAAUCUCUGAGAUUGGGACAGUUUCUGUAACGAAAUCAGGCAACUGUUCUGCCGCCAAGUGGACAGUGAAAUGGCUCAGCAAGCCAGGCAAUCAGCCCACGUUAAAGAUUAAAGAUACGAAUGUCAUUGGAGUCAAUGCAACAGUAAAGGUUUAUAAUAAGCAGCAAGGAGGGCUAUUCAGUGAACAUCUGAUCGGCGAUCUGUUUCGGACACCACACACACAGCCUCAGGUGGAGGUUUACAUCAAUGGUAUUCCCAGUAAGUGUUCCGGGAAUUGUGGAUAUAAAUGGAAUGCUGAGAAAACCCCUACCAUUUCACGCAUUACCCCAACAACAGGAUCCAGGUCCAGUGGGACUGUUCUGACCAUAACAGGUUUCAGAUUCGCCAACAGUUCGAUGACCGAUACCACUUGGGUUUCGAUUGGAGGUACCCAUUGUCCAAUCACAGGAUUAACUGGAGGGACAAUUCUGACCAUAUCUGGUUAUGGAUUUGUUCCUAAUUCAACGGUUUUAAUUGGAGGGAAGACCUGCCUUCAACUUACAGAAAGUCCUAUGCAGAUGAAAUGCAGAACUCCAGAGGCCCCACCUGGGAUGUAUAACAUCUCAGUGAUUGCUGCUGGAAUAUCCAACCUAGUUCCCUUCUCCUUCAUUUACAUUGAUGCAAAGAUUCCAGUAAUCUCAGAAGUGAUUCCAAGAACAAGCAGUGUGGCAGGUGGUUCCAAUCUGACAAUCUAUGGAUCGGAUUUUGGCAACAAAUCUGAAGAUAGUUUUGUAGUUAUUGGGAACUCUGAGUGUGCAAUUCUUCGAUGGUCGACCAACAACAUCACGUGUUGUCUGCCCAGCCUCCCUCCGGCGAAUUACAGUAUCUAUGUACAAACUCGUGUUGGCAAAUCUCUAAAUGCUUCAGUCGAGUAUGUCUUGCGAGUGACAGAAGUGACUCCUCAGCAGGGCUCAUUGUAUGGAGGCACGAAAAUCACUAUUUCUGGAUCUGGUUUCAGUCCCGUCCCAGAGGACAACAUUGUUCAAAUUGGUUCUGUUCCCUGUCACAUAACCUUUGCUUCUCCAAAUGUUCUCAAGUGUGUUUCUGAUCAAACUGGAAGAAAAUUUGUCAUCACCAACAAUGGCAGCAGUGGAACAAUUGGAGUGGGGUAUGAGUGGAAUCCUUCAACCCUGGACAUCGUUGUUGGGAAUACAGUACAGUGGCAGUGGAAGUCCCCAACUUUACUUCAAAAUUUGAGAUAUAGAGUCUUCAGUGUCUCCAAGCCCAGUGGUGUAAACUACAAAGGCAGUGGGUUUAUUAGUGGCAAUGUGAGCACUUCAUCAGGUUCGUUCUCUUAUCAGUUCACCUCCCCCGGGACUUAUUACUACAGCAGUGGUUAUGUGGACCAGAAGCAAAGCAUCAUCCUCCAGGGAACAGUGAAUGUGAAGCCAGCUGAGGAAAGGAUCGAAAGUGUACAUAUUUAUUUGGCAGGGAUUGAAGCAGAAUAUGUACCAGGUGAAAUGCACAUCCUCUUUAUAUUUUAGGGGGUUAUUGACUGUACAGCACAAAUCCCUACAUGUAACCAGACAUCGAACAGGACCGAUGACAAAAGCUUCACAUUCUACCUGUCUGCCUGCUACUCCCCCACAAUCAACAACAUCACACCCUCGAAAGGAACAGUGAAGGACAAACUAACCAUUACCGGUACUGGAUUCAGUAAAGCCGGCUGUGCAAAUGAGGUGAGAGUUGGAGCACAUCCAUGUGUCGUUGAAAGUAGCACGAAGAAUGAACUUCUAUGUCAGAUAGAUCCUGAGGGAGUGAUGGAUAUUGGCAUUGCAGCUCUGGUGUCCGUGACAGUCCAUAACCUCGGCACAGCUAUCAAUACAGUAACCAAUGAAUUGAGUCGUCGUUUUGUGCUGCUUCCUCACAUUGAUGACGUUAGCCCCAGUGUUGGGUCCACAAUGGGAAAGACCAGAGUAACCAUCACUGGGUCAGGAUUUGGAGCUGACCUGAGUGUGGUCAAGGUCAAGUUAGCCAAUGUGCUUUGCACUCUGGUUUCUGCAAACUACACACAUGUCAUCUGUGACUCUUCAGCUUCUAUUGCCUAUACUGGGAUUGUCACACUUUCUGUCCAUGGCAUCCCAGCUGUGUGUAAUGGCACCUGUGUCUAUUCCUACACAGAGAGUGCAGCACCAAUCAUUGAGAAUGUGUCUUCAACACUCCUGACUACAGUUUACACAGAGCUUACUAUAAGUGGCAGUGGAUUUGGGAACAGUGUGGAUGAGGCUUUCGUCCUUAUAGGAAAUGCCAGUUUUGUUCCAAAUGAUGUGUCAGACAGCAGCAUGAACUGCAGAGUAGGCGCUUUGCCUGUUGGCAAACACACACUCAUGAUUUUAACAUUGAAUAAAGGUCUGUCACUAAGAGGGAUUUCCAUCACCAGUGCUACCAUAGCUUCCCUCUCUCCAGCAUCAGGAGGUAUCCAUGGUGGUACCACAUUGUUAAUAACAGGAAAUGGUUUUAUCCAGGGUGAAACCAUUGUGAUGGUUCACAGAUCUCCAUGCCACCUUCUUUCGGUCACUCCAGGUGAAAUUAAGUGCAUCACUCCUGCUGGUCCCCCAGGCACUGUCGAUGUAAAGAUUAUUGUUCGUUCUACAAUGUAUCCUGUCCUUAACUUUACCUACAACCAAACAGCGACUCCAGAAGUUCUAGCUGUAUCUCCAGUAACAGGUGUAAGUGAAUCAACAAUCACCAUCGUUGGGUUGGGAUUUGGAUCUUCUGCCUCUGACAUCACUGUCUCAAUAGACAAUGUCUUGUGUAAAGUGACCAUGAUGAAUGACAGUUGUGUUCAGUGCAUUGUGGGACAUCAUGCUGGUGGCACAUUCCCUAUUUUUCUGAAACACGGGAGGUGGGGAUACGCAUCGGCUGAUCUGUCCUUUCAAUACGAACUCAAUAUAAACAGUAUCUUUCCAACUGAAGGAAGCUUUGGUGGUGGUGCAUUACUAACAAUAACGGGCAUUGGAUUUGACCAAGAAAAAUCCAAAGUGUUUGUGUGUGAUGGUGAAUGCAAGAAGAUGCCAUCAGCCUCCACUUCCAGAACUCUGUACUGUCAGGUGCCACUGCAUAAUGGUACUGACCCUGAGCUAGCGUGUGACGUGGUUGUUGUAAACGGUAAUGAUUCAAGCAAAGUGUCUAAUGGCUUCACCUACCUAUUAGCUUUGACCCCCGUAAUUACAACCAUUAACCCCAGGAGAGGAGGAACUGGGGGAGGCACCAAACUGACCAUUACAGGGUCAGGUUUCAGUUCAGACAUAAGUGAGAAUAAUGUCAUUAUAGCUGAAACUCCCUGUGAGAUACAGUCUGUGAAUGAAACCAACAUUGUGUGUGUUACCGGUGCACAUUUUCCAUCACAACAAACUAAAGUUAUCGUGAGCGUACGGGAAAAUGGCAUCGCCAAGCUGGACAAUGCAGAUUUCAACUACAUUGAUGUCUGGUCCUCACGUUACACAUGGGGAGGUGACACACCUCCUGAGGCAGGCUCACUUGUCGUUAUCACCAGAGGGCAGACUAUACUCCUGGACCAAAGUACCCCUGUCCUGAAGAUGCUUGUCAUUCAAGGUGGAACCCUUGUGUUUGAUGAAGCCGACAUUGAGCUUCAAACAGAAAACAUUCUCAUCACAGAUGGAGGAGUGUUCCAGAUUGGAACAGAGUCCGCCCCAUUCAAGCACAAGGCAAUAAUCACACUGCAUGGUCACCUCCGGGCAAAGGAAUUGCCCCUGUAUGGAGCCAAGACACUGGCUGUUCGAGAGGGAACCCUGGACCUUCAUGGCCUUCCUGUUCCUGUAGUUUGGACUCAUUUAGCUCAGACUGCCGAAGCAGGCUCCUCCAAUCUCAUUUUACAAAAAGCUGUGACGUGGAAACCAGGGGAUAAGAUUGUCAUUGCAUCAACCGGUGACAGCCACAGCCAGAGAGAAAAUGAGGUUAGGACUAUAGAGGCUGUCUCAGAUGAUGGGCGGAUCCUGUACCUAACUGAGCCACUCAUGUAUCAGCACCUGGGAGUAUCAAUCCCCCUGCCUGAUGGCGUUGUGUUUGAAGCCAGAGCAGAAGUAGGUUUACUGACCCGUAAUAUUGUUGUUCGAGGCUCAAAUCAAGUUGAGUGGAAUGAUCGAAUCGAAGCAUGUCCUGAGGGGUUUAACACAGGUGAAUUUGCCACACAGACUUGUUUCCAGGGACGUUUAGGUGAAGAAAUUGGGAGUGACCAGUUUGGGGGCUGCAUCAUGUUCCACAAUCCACAACCCAGCAAGGAUCUUGUAGUGGGGAGAAUUGAAUACGUUGAGAUAUAUCAUGCGGGACAAGCCUUCCGUUUGGGACGCUACCCAAUCCACUGGCACCUUAUGGGAGACCUGAGAUAUAAGUCAUAUGUGCGAGGCUGUGCGAUACACCAAACAUUUAACAGGGCUGUGACUAUCCAUGGUACACACCACCUCCUGGUGGAGGGCAACGUGGCCUACAACAUCAUGGGAGGAGCGUUCUUCAUUGAGGAUGGCAUUGAACAAGGCAAUGUGCUGCAGUACAACCUGGCAGUCAUGGUGCGGCAAAGCACCAGCCUCCUGAAUGAUGACCUCACCCCUGCAGCAUUCUGGGUGACCAAUCCCUCGAACAUGAUCAGACAUAACGCUGCUGCAGGGGGUACACACUUUGGCUUCUGGUACCGUCUCCUGGAGCACCCUGAUGGACCUUCCUACACACCUGAUGUCUGCCCACGCAACCUACCCCUCGGUCAGUUCUUAAACAACACUGCGCAUUCCCAGGGUUGGUACGGACUGUGGAUUUUCGAAGCUUAUCACCCACAGAAAGGGGGUCAGUGCAACUCACCAAUCGCAGAACCAGCCAGAUUUGAUUCACUGAUCUCAUGGAACUGUCAGAGAGGGGCAGAGUGGGUGGGAGGUGGUGCUCUCCAAUUCCAUAACUUUGUGAUGGUCAACAAUGAGAAGGCUGGCAUAGAUAUCAAAGACAUCAAGCACUCCUAUGUAAAUGAAUGGGGAGAGGCCAUGGGAGCAAUGAUCAAGAAUGCGACAAUUGUAGGUCACACUGAGGAACUUGAUUUUAACGCCAAGUGCACCAGCAAAGGCAUUGCUCUGCCACUUUCUGAAGGGUUGAUGGUGUCCACAAUAAAGUUGGUAAACUUUGACCAGCCAAACUGCACAGCAAUAGCCCUGACUGAGCUGAUAAACUUUGAACCCAUACAACAUCGUGGUUGGAACGUGAGAUUCAGUGACGUUCAGUAUUUUAACACAACCACCAAGGGCGCCUUCUUCUCUGAGAACGAUAUUGUCCUACAUGAUCUGGAUGGAUCUCUCACAGGUAUCCCUGGUAACAAGGUGCUUCCGUACAGCUCACUUUUGGAUCCGGCUCGAUGUCACCCAUCAGCAGAGUGGAGCCAUGUGUACCCCGCUGUUGUGUGCGAUGCCACCGUUACCAUCCAUCGCUUGGUUUUGUUUGAGCCUUUACCACUUGCAUUGAAAUGGAAGGAACUCAUCCUGUCAAAUUCUCACGGAACCAGUAUCAUCCCAUAUAUGCCCACUUGUGGCACAUAUAGGUGUGGUUGGAUGGCUCUUUUCCCAAAUGAUGAGAUCUUAAAUUGGCACUUUAAGGAUAUGGAUCAUAUCACCAACAUCUCUUACAAAGCCAUAUUCCAUCACUUCAAGGACAAUAAUUCUAUUGUACUGAUCCACAAAUUCAUCCAUCAACCAGACUAUUUCAAGAUCAUGAAUCCAGUUCGGAAUAAUUCACUCCAACCUCUCAGUUGGGCCAGCAACCAGAAUGGCGAUUGGUACUUCGACCAGGAGAAUUUGACCCUGUAUUAUCUGAGUAAGGUUAUGAACAUUGACUUCACUUUACAAGCAAACUCACAGGCUGUCAGGAAUCUUGCCAGUGGCAUGUUAUUAAAAUAUUACCAGCUCCUGAUAUCAUUCAAUAACAUUUCAGUUUCAGGAAGGGGAGUUUCAGAGCGACACAGCUUUCACUCAAACCUCGACCCAACAAUGGUUGACAUCGAUGUUCAGUUUCAAGUAUUUCGCUGCUUUUACAAGAACUGUGAGCCACCUUCCAGAGACUCAGAGAUCAAUGCCUCUAAUUAUGUAACUUGGUCGAACUCAUCAUUCUGGGAAUCAAGGCCAGAAUCCAAUUACACUGUUCCCACUGAAGGCAGCAGCGUGGUGAUCGAACAAGGAAUAUGGAUAGUGGUGGAUAGCCCAAUUCCUCCACUCUAUAAUCUUACCAUCCUUGGUACCUUAGAAAUUAGGGAUGACAACUUAAAGUCAUUUAAUCGUUCAUCAUCCUACACAAGAAUCGUCCUGAAUGCAACAUACAUUUCAAUUCAGGGAGGGAGGCUGAUUGCAGGCAGCCCAGAAAAACCGUUCCAAGGAGAGCUACAGAUUGUUUUGAUGGGAGACCAUUCAACCCCCGAGUGGCCUUUAAGAAAUGGGCCCAAUCAAGGUUCGAAGGUGCUGGGUGUGUUUGGAGGACUGGAUCUGCACGGUAUUCCCCAUUUGGUCUAUAAAACCAAACUGGGUUCAACAGCACAUGCUGGCUCCCUCAACAUAACUCUGGUUGAAGCCGUCGAUUGGCAGGAAGGAGAUGAGAUCCUUGUGUCAACCACGAGCUAUAAUUACACACAGACAGAAAUCAGAACGAUCCACUCUAUCUCCUUUGAUAGAAAGACAUUGGGUUUGAACGAAGCACUAUCGUACACACACAUCGCGGAAACACAGGAAUUGAAGGGAAGAGGCCAGAGUUACACUAUGGCAGCAGAUAUUGGCCUGCUCAGCAGAAACAUCAAGAUCAUUGGCCAUCAUCACCCUGACAAGGCAGAUGAAAUGUUUGGAGCACGAGUCUUGAUCAGUUCCUUCUUUUAUAACGGACUGGAGUUCAAAGGUCAUGCCAGAAUACAGGAUGUUGAAUUUUAUCACAGUGGACAGUAUGGUUACUUAAGUUACUUUGGCCCACGAUAUUCUGUGUCUUUCCUCAAUCUUGGAGAGAUUGCAGAAAAUGAUUCUUACAUUCGUGGAUGUGCUUUCCAUCACGGAUUUACUGCUGCCAUUGGAGUUUUCGCAACAAGUGGCCUUAAUAUUGAUGAUAAUGUCAUAUUCAAAACUUAUGAUGGAGGUAUCACAUUAAUGGGUGACAGGAAUCGGGCGAGGAGGAAUCUGGUGGCUCUCACCUUGCGGUCUUCACUUUCCGAUGCUUGGGCUGCAGCAAUUGAGAUAAUUGAAGGCUCUGAUGUUGUGCUUCAAGGGAACAUUGUUGCAGGAUUUCAGAAAGCUGGUUAUCGAAUCAAUGGGGAACCAUGUCCAAAGCAUUCAAAUCCUGGUGAGGCCUGGUUUAAUAAUGAGGCCCAUGGAGGACAGUAUGGUAUUUACAUGAACAGAAAUGGUUUUCCUACUUGCAGCCUUAUCCAAGGAUUCACGAUCUGGAAAUGCUGGGAAUAUGGAAUAUACUUCCAGACUGAGGGAUCGAUACAAAUUUCCAAUGUAACUCUGAUGGAGAAUAAAUUGAGUAUUUUCUCAAUGGUAUAUGGAUCCUCAGCAGCUGGACCUGAGAUAUUGAGCAAGCGCAUUCUUAUUAGUAAUGCCUUACUGGUAGGAAUUAGCCCCAUCUUCAACUGCUUGGAUUUACAAGCUGAUGAUUCUAUUCUGAGCCACAAAAACGGUAAGCAGAAUUUUAGAAAAGCUUCAGGAGGGCGGAAUGGAAUAUACUGGCCAACGUUUUCCUCUAUUAGUAACAGCGCACCUGUUAUGCCACACGAUAGCUUGACAUCCUACCCUGCAAUCAGUGGACAAAUGAUCAUAGAAAAUACGACUUUUGUUGGAUUCAAGGGCACAUGUUCCAACAAAUUGAAUGUUAUGUUUAUCACUAAUCCAAGGAAUGAGGAUUUUCAGCAUCCCAUUCUCGUGAAAGGAAUCACUAUUGUGGACAGUGAGGAGCGAGGCAAAGUCUUCAUACACAGACCUAAUGUGGCGAAAGUAAACCCUGCGGACUGCGUGGACAUGGUCUGUGAUGCCAAGAAGAAGACACUGCUGAAAGAUCUUGAUGGCUCAUUCCUGGGGGCAGUUGGAGCAGUUGUCCCUCAGUCAGAAUAUCAAUGGGAUGGUGACCGUCGCUACGGGACUGGGGAUUAUCGAAUUCCAAAAACCAUGUUGACACAUUUAAAUGGCAAUCGUGUUCCAGUCUCUCAGAUUGCACCACACAAAGGAAUAAUUCGAGAUUCCACUUGUACCUACAUGCCUGACUGGCAAAGCUACAAAUGCUUUGGGCUAAACUAUGAAAUACUGGUUGUUGAAAGCCUGGAUCCUGAUUCAGAGACCAGGCGGUUGUCCCCAGUAGCUUUGCUUACAGAGGGUUACGUUGACCUUAUUAAUGGCCCCCAGGAUCAUGGCUGGUGUUCUUCCUAUGCUUGCAACAAGAGAGCCUCAAUCUUCUACGCAGUUGUGGCCACAAACAAGUCAUACGAGUUAUAUUUCACUGGCGUUAGCCCUCAGAACCUGCGCAUAAUUCUUCUCAACAUAGAUGACAGCAAAGUUAUACGUUUGGCAAUAUAUUACUCCACAUCUCAACGACUGGAAGUGUAUGUGAAUAAUACCUUCGUACCCCCUACUAAUGCAAAAUGGAAUGCUGACAACACUGACUUCACACUAAAGGGCCCAACCUAUGCAGGAGAAUUCACUCCCAAGUUGGACUCCUCUGUCAUUGGAGAAAAUUACUUUGACAGAACCUAUCAGAUGCUUAAUGUUCUGGUGAAAGGAUCAACUCCAAUUGAGAUCCAUACAGCUCCUGUCCUUCACAUCUCCUUUAAUCUACCUGCAAUGACAGUGGAUGAAUUUUACGGCCCCAAUCUAGUAGAAAAUCUCGCCCUGUUCCUAAACGUACCUCAAAGUAAGAUCCGCAUUACUAACAUUGUGCGUGAGACAGGGCUUCGCAGGAAGCGUGCUACAGGGAUCACAGUUGAACUGGAAAUCGGAGACCCGCCGGUUGUGUUUGUCAUUGACAAUGGCAGUGUCAGCAAACUGAAGUUCAAUGAUCUGAAGGAAAUAGCCAGCAAUCUUGGUGAGGCCAUGCUCACUGGAAACCUGAGUGCUUCCCUGGACAUUAAAAUCUCUACAAUGGAUCUUUCCAGUCCAGUGCCACCUCCAGGUGAUGCAGAGUGGGCUCAGACGACUUCAAAACCAGUGCUGAGCAGAACAGCAAGAACCAACCACAUGGCUACUGUGACCGGUCUCGUUGUGGUCAGACAGCCAGUUGCUGGACAAACCGGGCAACUGUUGAAUCAACAGCCCAGCGUGAAGGCAGUGGAUGAUGCUGGUAACUGUGUGUCAGUGGGUGUUACCUCAUGGGAGUUGGUUGCUGUUCUCCUGAAUUCUCAGAAUGUGACUGUUACUGGACUUAAUGGGACAACGAGUAUCUUAUUCAAAGGUUGUUGGGCAAACUACACUGACCUCUCCAUCAACACAAAUGGUACCAGCUACAAACUCGUGUUCGAACUGAGGUCGAUUAAAACUUAUUCUGGCACCUUCUCUGUGAAACAAAUAAAUGACACCCCUGGGAAACCCUCAGGCCCCAGCCCAUCCUUGGCUCUCAGUAAUUCACAGGGCAUCAUUUGUGGCUCCAUUGUGGGAGGCCUUGUGCUCAUCCUCCUCAUUGCUGGCAUAACCUGGAAAUUAACAGCUGGCAACAUGAGGAAGAUUCAGGCGUCUGGCAUGCCUGAGACACAAGAGAAGAAACAAGCCGAUACAGUUGCUGGUCAUAAACCAGACCAUAGCCUCCCACCAGUGCAAAACUGACCAGCUUAAAGCAUGAAACAUGAUGAAAGCAACCAGAAUUGAGUGAAAAUGAAGCAACAAAUGAAAUCCAACAGUCUUUUAUUUUCAGGGCAAGUUGAUUAUAGCCCAACACAAUAGUGAGAUUUCCAUUAGGUUAACCUUCAGAUUUCUCAUCCAAUGAAACUAAACUUUGCCAAGAGUGUAUCUUCAUAACUUACUGAUCAUUGUGGCAGUCACUCUCCUGCAAAUUUUCUCGAUGUUUUUGAUCAAAAUUAAGAACCAGCUGGGGCAGCUGUUGGGAGCUGGCAAGGGGAGAAGAGAUAUCAUUUGAGAUGAAUGCUCUAAUUUUAAUGAAAAAUGUACAUAUUACAAUGUCCAAUCCAGGUACAUAUCAUUCACAUGUUGACAUUUGAAGGCAUUCCUCAUCAUUCAGUAAAUAUACAGAAAGGUCAAAAGUCACAUUGAUUUUGAUAAUUGUAUGGCAUAUAACACAUGGCACGA